AAGGAGAUCAGAAGAGGGUGAGAGCCCCAAAGUCGCCUGUUGUCCUCUAGUCCCUGUCUGACAUGCUUCGAUUUUUUUUCCUUUGCCAGAUUUAUUAAACAUCCAUCUUUUGCAUCUUUAUAUUCUUGUCAGCUGUUCAGUGGUUCCUUCCAUUAGCAGGGUCGGUCCCCCACUGAGGCUCAUCAUAUUCCAUUUGGGGAUGAUCAAGAAGAGCACCCCCUUCAAACUAAUUCCCCUCCCAGUUCUCCUGCAGGUUCUAGCCUUUCCUCCAGAUAGUACAAGAUACAGUGUGAAAUCGGAUAUAUAAAGAAAGAGAGAGGGGAAAGGAGCUUCUAACCUGCAGGAAGUUUCCAUGCAUGGGAUGGCAAUGGAUAGCUUGUGAAUAUAAAUGUGAUCUGAUAUGCCUUCUUCAAGUUGCAACCUAUAGCUGCUGCUGCUGCUCAGACCUGACCAUAUGGGUAAGACCUGAAUAACUAAUAUCAUACACAUAUUCCCUAUCUUCUUCUUCCAACUUGCAUUGCUUCCUCCUCCGGCUCGUCGGCGGCGGCGGCUGAUCGGCGAUUGAUUCCGGAGGCCGUGGCCGAUCAUAGAUGAUGGACGCGAGGAAGAUGAAGCUGCACGGCCGCCACCAGUACUGCAGCGGGAUGAUGCCGGCGCCGGCGCCGCGUCUGAUGGCCCCUGCGGCGUCCGCCUACGGCUCCGCCGGCGGAUUCCACCAUGGAUUCUCGAGCCCCGCCGCGCUCCAUCAUCAGCAGCAGAUUCAGCAGCAGCAGCAGCACGGUGGCGGGUGGCUGCAGGAUCCGGAUCAGUACGCGGCGGUGGCGCCGAGCUGCGUCGUGGGCUCCGACACGGCCAUGUUCUACGCCGCCGAGAAGCUCCUCGGCAUGCCGCAGCUCGACUGCUGCCCUCCUCUCCGGAUGCUCCCUCCGCAUAUGCCGCUCGAGCUCGACCACCCGGCCGUGAUGACUUACUACGUGCGGCCGCAGCAGCGGCGGGGCGACGGCGCCGAUCUGCCAUUGACGCCGCAGCAGCAGCAGGGGGAGGGCGUGCAAUUGAAUCACGGGCUUUACGGCAACGGUUCCGCCAUUAAACCCCACUCGUUCGUCCCGGCAGCCAUGGAUCUGCAGGCGCCGAGCGGCAGCUUGCAGAUGGGCCAGAUGACCGACAGCAGCCAUGGCCACAUGCCCAGGAGCUGCGUGGGCGCGCCGGCGUCCCACACCAGCAACGGCAGCUUGGCGGCGCCGGCGCCGGCGCCGAGCAAGACGCGGAUCCGGUGGACGCAGGAGCUUCACGAGCGGUUCGUCGACUGCGUGAGCAAGCUCGGCGGCGCGGACAGGGCGACUCCCAAGGGGAUCCUGAAGCUGAUGAACUCGGAUGGGCUCACCAUCUACCACAUCAAGAGCCACCUUCAGAAAUAUCGUACAGUGAAGUGCGUGCCAUCAUCGUCUUCGUCGUCUGAAGGGAAGCAACAGGAGAAAAGGGCCGCUGGAAGUGACGACGUGCCGAAUCUGGACCCCAAAACUGGAAUGCACAUCACGGAGGCACUCCGAGUCCAGCUUGACGUGCAGCGCCGCCUCCAUGAGCAGCUCGAGAUACAGCGGAAGCUGCAGGUGAGGAUAGAGGAGCAGGGGAAGCGGCUGCAAGAAAUGUUCGAGGAACAGCUCAAGGCCAGCGGGAACGCCGCCGCGGCAGCGCCGGGGUCGCCGGAGCCGGGCUGCGCCGCCAGCGACGAUGUGGUCAUCUUCCCGGUGUCUGACGACGAGGACGAGGACGACGACGUGCAGCUGCUGUCCGUCGCUAGCAGCAGCUACGACGAGGACUUGUUAGCCCUGUGAAACUACGACGUGAUGUGCUUUGUAAUCUAGCGUGUGUUUUUUUUGGACAAAUGUUGCUGAAGUUCACGAUGCAUCGGGAGUAACUGAUAAGUACAAUGCUGGUUAGGUGUCUGGCAGAGUCCUGAAACUUUCGGUUUACUCAAGUAAACUGCUUGUUUUUGUAAAGGCAUUAUUCUAGGUCAGGUGUCGGCAUAAAACAAAACGGCACCUCGAGAGCCAAGUGACAGAUAUAAUACCGCGUGAACUUGUUGAUAGCUCCGCCUGUCGCCAUUCAGAGAAGGGGCCAGACGAAUGUAAAAUAUCAAUAAGGAAACUGCAUUGUAGGAAAAUCAGCCACGCAAGAUCAAGAAAAAUAAUACUCCGUAUUAUUUGUCAA